AUGGAGCCCUCAACGCCCUCCCGUCCGCCCAAGGAAAUCGACACGGCCUACACCAGGCCACUGGAGCCGGAGUCACCGGCCAAUUUUGUCACUGGAAAGGCUGGCAAGAGGCAGAGGAAGACUGUCACAAUGCCUCCCCCAGUCCUCAAAGGAGCCAGCGACAGCAUCCCCACGGCCACCUCUCGGCUGCAGAAGCAGUUUGAGGAGGCUCAGCAACAGAACCUGCAGCAGAAGGCUCUCAUCAGAUUGGCAAGGACUCUGGACAGCUGGGUUGAGGGGGAGAAGCAGUCAGUCAGUCAGAACUUUGCCCGAAUCUUCUGUGAGAGGUUUGUCAAGUAUGUGACAGCAGAUCUGAAUGCAGCAUCAAUUCUGAGAGGGGGUGCUGCCCCGGAUACUCAUCCGCAGCCAAAUGCAGCAAAGACAGCGGCGAGGGAGCCGACUACCUGGGCGGGUGUUGUUCAGAGGGGGAAAAACUCUGCCCUCCCUGGGGUUACCCCUGCCAAGACUGCGGCUUCCUCGGCAGGCAGGGCUAGUGGAGCGAGCCUGCAGCCCAAAAGCGCCAGUCAGCCAGGGGGCCCCACAGAGGGCACAAAACAGCAGGAGGACCCACAAGUCCUCGUCACCCUCCAGCCAGAGAGACGGGUCGCCCGGCUACAGCCAUAUGCUGUGCGGCAGGCAAUCGCUGCAAACAUUCAGGGGGUGGGGGAUGUGGCCAAUGUGCCGAAGGUGGAGCCCACCAGGACAGGUUGGGCGAUCACACCAAGCAACAGAGGCAUACGCGACGCUCUGACCACUGAGAAGGCAGUGGCUACUCUCUGUGAAGUCCUUGGCGCCACGGAGAUCCGGCUACCAGAGCGGUGGUACAAUUAUGCUGUCCCAGGGGUCCCAGAAUCUGUCCAGGACUGGGAAGGGGCAAGAAUCCCCACAGACAAGAUGAUUGAGGGAGAGGUUCUGGCUCAGUACAUGGAUUGUCUCCUUCCUUGCCCCGGUAAAAGGCUUCAAUGCCAGUGA